CCGCGCGCCCGUUUCACCUCCUCACGCGCGCGGCAGACGAGAAAUGCACGCACCUAUGUGGGGGAGGUCGGAGGGACACCGGGAGUGGGGAGGGAGGAGGAGGGGGGAGGCGGACGAGGCGACUGAGGAGGGGGGGCUCGGGCGCGGCCGUGAGCUGCUGCAGCUCGUUGAUGACCUGGUUCACGUUGACCUGGCCUGCAGCUCCUGCAGCUCCUUCCCGUGCAGCAACCGGAGCACGGCGGCCGCCCGCUUCACGCCCGGGUCGUCCACCUGCAGGCCGAUCGGCAGCUCAUCCAGGUCCAGCGGAACGCCCGGACCUCCUUCGGCGGGCACACUCUCGCCUG